AUGUCGUCACCUGCUGCUGCUGCCGACGCCUCGAGCGACCGCAAGAAGCCGGCCGAGCAAAUCACUUUCCGCUUCUGUUCCGAAUGCAGCAACAUGUUGUACCCCAAGGAGGAUGAAGUCGACCGCAAGCUUAUGUUCACUUGCCGAACCUGCAACUUUUCCGAGGAGGCUACGUCGUCGUGCAUCUUUCGCAACCAGAUGAAUAACGCGGUCGGUGAAACCGCCGGCGUGACGCAAGACGUCGGUAGUGAUCCUACGGUGGGUAGACCCCAUUCUCUUUAUCCCUACACCGCCGUCACUUCGGCCACCGUCGCUUCGGAAUCCACCUCGCCUUGCGCGCAGUGUGGUCGCCCGAUCAUAUGUGUACGCUGUGGCGGGGGACUUGGGACGCACAGCACCGAGUCAGCGACGGCCCCCCUGGGCUCAGAGGAACCGGACAUGUUGGGGUUGGAUCCCGACAUUACUAGGAGUGAGGGCGACAGCGACCUUAACCUGGACGUCGACCUUGAUGAUGUUGAGAUCGUUCCCUGGACUGGCGAGAGUCUUGCCGAGCUGGGCGCGAUGUUGUCUCAGACCGAGGAUUUCUUUGGACUGAAUGCAACAGAUCUUGGCCUAGAGUCCAAGGGGGAUGGCAUCAAUCUCCCAAGUGUUCUUCAGGCCCAACUGCCAAGAUCCAAAAAGAACUGCCCGGCCUGCAACCAUACCGAGGCCGUGUUUUUCCAGUCACAGCAGCGCAGCACUGAAACAGGAAUGGUGAGAAACUCCCCCAUAAAACUAUUCUAUGUCUGUUGCGACUGUGGUAACAUCUUCCAGUAG